AUGGCUACCGCGCUAAGUCAAAGCCUAGCCGUACAAGCAAUUAAAGUAGUCCCCAAUGGACGUUUUUCCACAUUUUCACCCAGAUUCGAAAGACCGGUGGGCCGAUUCCCACACCGCCUUCGCCGCUCACUCAUUCUCCGCGCGUCGAACGAAACCAGCAGCAGCGCGCCGAGCGUCGGCGAAGGCGGCGCGACAUCUGUGGAGCUGCUGGAGCCCGAGCACGAAGAGCAGCUUGCUGAGGUGGCACGGCUGCUCUCUGUCGCCACGUCACCCUCGGGGAGUGUCGGCAAUGGAAGCGGCGGCGCGGACUUGCGGCUCGGCGAGGCCGCGGCGGGGGAGCUCGUCCGCCAGCUCGAUACCGCCGGGCGCGCGGCGCUUCUGACGGCGCUAUUUCCGGGAUGUGCGUGUUCUUUUUUCCGUCGCUGCAAUCCUCUCGUGUCGUCUGUCGACCCCCACGCGUCUGUCCCGCUGUCCUUCGCGACCUCAGUCCGUCUCGUCGUCCUAUUCGUGCCCGCGUGCUCUCCAUCCCCCAUAACCCCUCAUCCCAUUCUCGCAUCUGGUCUCAUUCCCGCUCCCUCCCUUUCGCAUGCAGCGACGGAGAAGCACGACGCGGCGCAGGAGUUUCAGGCGGCAGACGUGAACCACGACGGCGUGCUGGACGCGCGCGAGUUCGCGACGUACGUCGAGGCGCAGAACGCCAAGAUGGCGGCCGCCGACCGCCCGCUCAACCUGCACCAGCUCGGCCUGCUCGCCACGCGCUCCGCUUUAGGCAACAUCGGGUUCGGCGUGACAGACAACACCAUCAUGCUCAUCGCUGGAGACAUCAUUGAAGGCACGCUGGGCGCAGCCUUUGGCAUAUCCACUCUCAUGGCGGCGGGGCUGGGCAACGCGGUGUCGGACAUAGUGGGGACGGUGUUCCGUGAAUACAUAGAGGGCGCUACAGGCCGAUUCCUGCCGGAUGUUAACUUCUCCUCCAAGCAGCUUGCAGAUUCCCGCGCGCGGUGGGCGGAGACGGGCGGCGCAACUGUCGGGGUGACCAUCGGGUGCCUCAUGGGGCUGGCGCCCCUGCUGGUGCUGCCUCAGAGAAAGUGCCACUCAGGGGGCGAGGGAGGGGGGCCGGCAUCUGCUGCUGCUGCUGCUGGGGUGCCUGUACCAGUGGCUACAGUGGCGCUGGUGGCAUGUGAGGAAGGGCUUACUGAUGUGGCCGCUGCUGGUGCUGCGGAUAAGGCAGUUGAAGAAAAAAUUGGAGACUUGGGUAAAACAGCUGGCGCUACAGGUGGUGGCAUGCGAGGUGCAUUCACCCAGAGCGCUACAGCCCAUGCGUCCAUCAGCGCUGCGCAUUGGAUGGGACCGUCCCCCUCGUUCCGCCCAUCCCUGGCAGGUGCCGCCGAAGAGCGUGGAGGGCUGGGAGUCGCACUUCUGCUGGCGCUGUCGGCAUUCAAUGUGGCGCGGCGAGUGAGGGGGGUGUUCAUGAGGAGGGAGGGGGAGAGAAGGGAUGGGGAGAGAGUAGGUGACGAGGAGCGUCAAUCCUAA